GGUUGAUAGCAGACGAGUUUGUUCUGAUUUUCUCGCCACAAAUUAACUUCUGCGACUUAACGGUGAAUGCUAGUUAUUGCGGCAGCUUCAAUCAAUUGUCAGUGUGUUGUGAUAUAACGCCGUUGAAGAUGGCCAUGUUGGAGAAACUCCAAGAGAGUUUCCUGAAUGCUAAGCCGGGAAUGUUCCAAGUUUUGGGGAAUUUCAUUAUAUUUCUAAUCCUUUAUGGAGUGGAAUGUCUACUAGAGAAUGAGAUCCAAUGUCCAUGUCAUCUGCCAUCGAACAUCCGCUACAUCUCAAUAACGUUUGUUUUCCCCGCAAUGUCACUGUUCAUUAUUGGUCUCUUGGUACAAAGUUACUUACAGAAAUUGUGUCAUUUAUGGUGGAGCAAGCAGAAGGUAGAGUACCGUCCACCCACACCUAUACCUAGCCUGCUGACUGUGUGUAAAGCAUCAAUUCCAGCAAUACUAUGGAUUAUUCUACUCUUAUUGAAUGGCAACUAUUACGCCUGUUCCAAGUUAAUCGGUAGAAGUGAAACUGCAUGCGAGUCGAAAUGCAAUGAGAAUUCCUCUGAAAUUGUCCAAGACUACUGCAUUGCAUCACAGUUCAUCGGCAGCCUUGCAGUGGUCAUAUUACUGUCUGCAUUGGCAAUAUUCAACUUUCUUCAAUAUUGUUCCGACUGGAAGAGCAAAUAUAUGUUUGAAUAUAACUGUAACUGUAAAAAAGAGGAAGCAAAGUUGCUGGGGGAAAAAUUGAAAGCCAAGGCAGCUGAAGCUGUCAAAGAAAUUUGCAAAAGUAAGAUGUCAACACAAUUCCCAAAUGAUGGGCAAAUUCAGCCAGGAUCCAGUCAUGAAAACAUGGAAAUGAAUUCCCAGGUUCCUUAGGAUCCAUCCAAAUCGCAGUAGUCCACUAACAGUAAGGAUUGUAAGAAGAGGAACAUCAAAUCACAUCUAUUACUGGAAGUGGCGCCAAAGGCAACAGACCCCUGAUAUGGAACACAAUUGAAAAUAUGCAUUCAACUUUUACUAACUGUUAAUUACUCACAUGUUUGGAUAAAUAGUUUUCUUUCACACAGUAGAUUACAAUAUUUCUGUGAUAUCUGAAGUCAGGUUAAAUAAAUAAAGGAUUUCAGGCAAAAAAAAACGUUGUCAGACCUGAGUAGCUGGGACUGAAUGGAUUCUGACAGUGGUAAGAAAGCCAACAGAUAUAAAACAAAAUAGCAGAGAGUCAUUAAAACUUCACUCUGCAAGAUAUUGACAGCCUGGUGAGUCACACUGGCUUUGAAUUUUCCAGCACCUGCUCCAAUCGGCAUGAAGGGAAAGUUAAAAGGGAAUCGGCAAAUCUUCCAGACUUGUUAGAAGAAGGAUGAGGUUGCGCACAGCUAAGCAAUGAACCUGAACAAAUCAGGGCAGCAAAUUUGUUAUUAGUGAUGGGGAGGAACUGCCACAACUGUAUUACAUG